CGAGCUGAAGACGUGAACUCGUUUCACAGGCUCGAGAAUAUACAGCUGGACAUGGGUCUGUUUCAUAAGGCGGCUAAUCUUGCAUGGCAACAUAACGCUGUUCAUCGUGGUUCUAUUCACUCUCCUGGGACUCUGGCUUGGUGCUCAAAAUUCCUGAACCUCAAGCGCCUUGGGAAUGAGAAACCUGACUACCAGACGAUGGGUUUGUGCUUUACUCAGGUGCUACAGGCGAACAUUCUUACAUACUGGGAGGUCGAGACUGGGAAAUCACUCAGGGAGUUUGCUGAUAGCAAACCA